AUGGCUCCUACUGCUGCUGCUUCUCACUCAGCCUGGAGAAACCAGAGGCCCGACUGUUUGUCCGUUGCUUUCGGUCUCGAGUGGAUGGUGGCUAGAGUAGAUGCGUUGCUGGUGAGCCGGUCGAUGACAUGGCUAAUGACUGCCACUUGGAAGUUGAGGUUGCCGAUGUUGAUGCUAGCAAGCAAGCAAUCUGAGCUGGAAGCUGUAUCGGUUGAAGGACUGGGGGCAAUGAGCUUUGAUUGCUGGGUGCUUCAAGGUGUGCUGCUAGCACCCUUCUUAUCGAACGCUGGAAACGCAGUUUGUCGCUCUCAGCAGUACAUGUUCCAAACGGAAUGCCUUCCAGAAUUCUCCAAAUUCUUCCCUUUGUUGGAAGAGGUCUCACCCGCGUCUUCGAUCAGUUGGAGGACCAUUUUGAGGAACGUCGAUGAGGAGCCACAGCGGCACCAACUUAAAGGAUCUGAUCUAUUCGGCAUUGGUCAUGUCCACCCCAGGAUCGCUGAGGUUGUGGUUCUUGUCGAUUACCAGAGGGCCGGCCAUGAUGGAGAGAGAUGA